GGGGCUAAGUGUGACCAAGCAAGAGGAAGUCGUUGAUCAUAAACAGAGAUCAAUAGAUCAUGUUCUCAAGCCAGGAAAGAAAGUAAGAAAGAAAAAAGGCAAGAUGGAAAUGGAGGGCGUCGCUGAAAAGCGCGGCUGUUUAGUAUUGGUGCCAUACCCUUUCCAAGGGCACAUGACGCCUAUGCUGCAACUGGGACAUACCCUUAAUUCAAAGGGCUUCUCCAUCAUAGUCGCCCACACCCAAUUCAACGCCCCAGACCCGAAAAACCACCCAGAAUUCACCUUCCACGGCCUGGAAGACGGAAUCCUAGAAAGCGAUUUCGCUGUAAGCGGCACAAGACUGAAAACCAAGUUCAUGAAUGAGAACUGCAGGGCACCCUUUGAAGAUUUUUUGAAAGAAAAGGGAGAUUUGGUUUCUUGCGUCAUCUAUGACAGCGCCAUGUUCUUUGUUGACCAGGUCGCUGUUCUUUUCAACCUUCCCUCUAUUGUUUUACGCCCUUACAAUGCUGUCUUCUUGCAAGCUUUACUCCAUGUUCUUGAAAAUGAGGACACCAUUUCACUCUUUCCAGAGUCAAGGCUGGAAGACUCAAUUCCUGAAUUUCAUCCCGUGAGGUAUCAGGAUAUUCCAUACUGUCGUGAUUCAAAAGAGGUAAAAAGCUUCAUUGGGAAUAUAAUCAAAAUAAGAUCUUCACUCGCCAUAAUAUGGAACACAACAGAGGAUCUUGAGCAGACAUGGCUUUCAAGGUUUCAACAGCAUAACAAAGUACCCAUUUUUCCUAUAGGCCCUCUUCACAAGACUGCCUUAGCUCACGGAACAAGCCUGAUAGAAGAAGACGACAGCUGCCUGGCAUGGUUGGACAAGCAAGCUCCUCAGUCCGUCCUCUUUGUAGGCGUCUCAGGGAGCUUAGCUACGAUUGGUCAAAGAGAUUUUGAGGAGAUUGCUUGGGGGUUGGCAGAUAGCAACCAGCCGUUCCUGUGGGCGGUUCGAGCCGGUUCAGUCAACGAAAAGAAAGAUGAGAUCAUAGAAGACUUCGAGAAGAGAGUCGGGAACAGAGGGAAAUUAGUGAAAUGGGCACCACAGAAAGAUGUUUUGGCCCAUAGUUCGGUGGGUGGGUUUUGGAGCCAUUGCGGUUGGAACUCGACGUUAGAGAGCAUUUGCGAAGGCAUCCCAAUGAUUUGCAAACCACUCAUUGCAGACCAGUUUGUGAACGCCAGAUUCUUGGUCCAUGAAUGGAAGGUUGGAUUGGCAUUGGAAGAAGUGGAGAGAAGUGUGAUUGCAGACACCGUGAGAAAACUUGUGGUCGGAGACGAGAGGAAAGAGUUGAAGAAGAAUGCGAUGGAGAUGAAGCGGAAAAUGGCUGAUUGUUUAGAGAAAGGUGGUAGUUCUUAUAGAGCACUCAAUGAACUAACACAUUUCAUAUCUUCACUUCCGCCAAGAACUUCCAUUUGUGGGUCGAUUCAGAGCAAAGCUGAAUGGUUUGUAUCCUAGAUCUUCCCAAUGCUUUACAUAUCUUAUGCAUCCCAUUUGACUAAAUUAGUAAAUUACGGAGUACUAAAUAAAUGUAGCAAACACAUUGUAACCCUAUUUUCAAUUUUUAACUUAAAGCUCCUCACAUUCAUUGGUAGAAUGUAGAUCCUGUAACAUAUGUGCAUGUAUUAAUGAAAUAUGUAGUACAGGGGUUUUGCUACUAAUGUUUAAUGUAAGUGAUCACAAAAGCUUUCUGUAUAUCAUUAAUUAAUUAUUGUUAGUUUGAAAUAUCUUUGUUGUGCAAA